AUGCGUAAUUUAUCUAAAGAAUCUGCAUCAUGUCUGGGAUUUCAACUUCUAAUGGAUGUUUUAAAACAAAUGCCACGGACUGAUCAAUCUUUUCAUGAGAUGCUAGAAAAAUGUUCAUAUUAUGCUAUUGAAUGGUAUACAGCUAAUGCAUUUGUCUAUCAAUUAGUUAACAAAGCAUUGCGAACAGAAGAUAUUGAACUUCUCUAUUUAUUUCGAUCAUAUAUUAUUGAUCUUCGCUCACAAUUAGAACAAGAACAUAAACAAAUUUCUUCUACAGAAGUGUUUGUUGUAGUUCGUGGGCAAACAACGUCUAGAGAAGAAUUUGAAAAAUUAAAACAAAGUUGCGGAGUUCUUAUAUCAACAAAUGGAUUCUUUUCAACUUCAAGAGAUCCCAAAGUCGCAUUAAGUUUUAUUGCUGGUAGUUAUAAUACAGACAAAAAAAGAUUAAUUCUAUUUGAAAUAACAGUUGAUUCUCAACUUAAAUCAGUUAUAUUUGCUGAUAUUGAAACAUAUAGUCGGAUGAAAGACGAAACGAAUGUUUUGUUCAGUGUAGGUGCUGUUUUUAUUAUUACACAAAUACACUAUGAUUCACUGAUGAAUAUGAAUUUAUGGAAAAUUCAAAUGAAAGCUACUGAUGAUGAUUGGAAACAAGUUGAUGAAUAUUUAAUAACAAUCGGAAAACAAAUUAAAGAAGAAUAUAGUUCCACCAUCUUAUUUGGUUGUCUUCUUUGGCCAGAUAUCGGAGAAUUUGAUAGAUUAGAAAAAAAUUUGAAAACAUUACUAAAAAUCUUUGCCAAAUGA